AAAGCAAGAAAACUUUUCAAACCUUCCAAACCCCCAGAACUCUCGAGAGACACACUAUCCAAAUCCAAUCCUCUUAAUAAAUCCCUCCGUUCCCAUCAAACCAUUCAAACUUCAAACACCAUCCUCCCGACACGACUGUUCCAACAUUUUCCCUCCUCUCCCCACAGUCCAAAAAGGAUCGGGACGCCAUGGGCACCCUCGUCGGGCACGUCGCGCCGGGCGCUGGCUUCCUCCUCAUCGGGCUGUGGCAGCUGUUCAACCACAUCCGGCUGUUCCUGCUGCGGCCCGGCUCCUACGUCGCGCCCGUCUGGUUCCCGGUGCGCGGCGUCCGGCACCUCGAGCUCAUCCUCGUCAUUGCCGGCUCGGCCAUGUCCAUCCUGAUGGAGCUCGUCAUCGGGCCGGCCAAGCACCAGCCGUUCGACGACGACGGCACCAUCCCGUCCGACCACCUGCACAACUUCGAGCACGCGUCCAUCUCGCUCGCGCUGCUCCUCUUCGCUGCGGUGGCCAUCCACAUGGACAGGGCCAGGCCGAGGGCGCCGCCCAUGCGAGACGCCGUCUCGCAGCUCGUGGCCGGCGCGGCAUUCGCGCAGGAGCUGCUCGUCUUCCACCUCCACUCGGCGGACCACAUGGGCGUGGAGGGCCAGUUCCACUGGCUGCUGCAGACCGUCGUCGCCGUGACCCUGCUCACCACGCUGCUGGGGAUCCCUUGCCCCCGGAGCAUCGCCGUGAGCCUGACGCGGUCGGCCAGCCUCGUGUUCCAGGGCGUCUGGUUCGUCGUCACGGGCGUCAUGCUCUGGACGCCCGCGCUCGUGCCCAAGGGCUGCUUCCUGAACCGCGAGGACGGGCACGACGUGGUCCGGUGCCGCGACGGCGAGGCGCUCGAGCGAGCCAAGUCGCUGGUGAACCUGCAGUUCAGCUGGUACCUGACGGCAACCGUGCUGUUCGUCGUCGUGUUCUACCUCUGGCUCGGCAAGAUGUACUCCGAGGAGCCGCGGUACUUGCCGCUGGUGAAGGGAAACCACGCGGAGGGAGACGGAGACGGUGGUCGGUUCAGCAUCGGAGACGAUCAAGACGACGACGAGGACGACGUCGAGUCUGCCAAGCAUAGCUUCGGGCACGUGGUUAGUAUCACAAAGCCGAUCGAGAUUGAGAGGUAAAAUUACGAGGAAAUCAGAUCAGGAUAGUUGUGUACUGUACUGUACAAUGUAUAUAGGACAACUGGUGUACUGUAAAUUUUAUUACUCCGUACAAUUGGCAUGUUGAGUGACCUGACCCGUAAGUGCGGGUACAGUUCGUGUUUGGUCACUUUAAUUUGUUUAUUACCCUCAUUACUUAAGGGUGUCAGCCAAUCAAUGGUGUUACUAGACACAUACUAGCUGAUAUACACACGUCAUCCGUCGAUUUGUUCCUGUUCGCUUGGCACAUUUCUCCAGGAUAAACCCUCUUUGAUAGCGAGUGCAGAAAUGAAAUAAAAUAAAAUGUUCAAGUCU